AUGAUCAACACUUACCAGACCAGCAUGCCUCCGCCACCUAUUCCCCCACGGCUAGGCUCUGUCAUGUCGGCACCAGGACCAGGCCACAGCAAGCCUCUUCUCAGGUUUCUCAUUGGCAUGAUAGUGCUUCAAAUGGUUCUGCUACUGGGGGGAUUCGCCUACCUGUACCACACGGACAACAAGUAUCACAAGGACCUUGACAGCAAGUACCUGGAUGAUAUGAUCAUCCUGAAGAGACUUGAAGAGUGUGAGAAAGACAUCCAGUCAGUGCUGGACUGUAAGAAGCUUGUGGAGAAAUACAAAAGCAUCCUGGCAAAGGUCUCACAAGAGGAAGGAAGAGCUGCUAAACUCACUGGGGAUGGGCCCUCGUAUGGAGCCAUGGCACGCAUGAUAGUAAAGCAACCCGUUUCUGGUACACCCCCAACAAAGUAUCUGGAGUGGAACAUAGGGCACUCAGUGCGGAAGAACGUCCAAUACUACAUGUCCAGCUGGCUGAAGGUGCUGCAGCCUGGAGACUACAACAUCUACUCCCAGGUGGCUUUCUCCAAAUGGCACCCCAAAACCCCUCUGGCCAGCCGGGUGAAGCUGAGGAAGGGGGAGACGGGAGAGGAGAAAGACCUGAUGACAGCCUACUGCAGCCUGGGGGACCAGGACCAUACAGACGUGUGUACAGCUUUCCAGGGAGGAGUGUUCCGUCUGGAGCCAGACGAUCAGCUUAGUGUGUGGGUGACGGACCCCAGCCUAGUCAACUAUGAGGAGGGGACUACCACCUUUGGAUUGUACAAGCUGUAGGCUGGUCAUCACAAUGGACAUUGCCUACAGUAUGGAGAUGAUGGACUACGUGACUUUGGAUUGGGCCUGUUUUUGGAGCGAUGAAUGGAAUCCAGGCCAUGUGAGUGGGACAGGACUGAAUACAAAUCUCCUAAAUGGAUCUAAACAUGGACUAGACCAGUGGUUGCCAAACUUUCUAUAGUCCCAUACCGCUUCAAACAUUCAACCUCCAGCUGCGGACCCCCUCUAGCACCAGGGUCAGCGGACUCUCAAAUGUUGUUUUUUGCGUUUGUUGCCAUCGUUCUAAGCCUGCCACACACACACUAUACGAUACAUUUAUUAAACAUAAGAAUUAGUGUGAGUUUUUGUCACAACCCAGCUCAUGGGAAGUAACACAAAGCUCUUAUAGGACCAGAGCAUAAAUAAUAAUAAUCAAUCAUUUUGCUCUUUAUUUAACCAUCUUACAUAUAAAACCGUAUUUGUUCAUCGGAAAUUGUGAAUAACUCACC